CAGUUUAGUAAAACAAUGCGUGCGGUUCUCAAGCAAAUGAAUUUGACGACAACCUCGUGUGUCUUUUUAGAAGUGUGUUUGGAUAUCCCUCAAAAUGUCGUACAUGCUCCCUCAUCUUCACAAUGGCUGGCAAGUGGACCAGGCUAUUUUAUCAGAGGAAGACCGUGUGAUUGUUAUACGAUUUGGCCACGAUUGGGACCCUACGUGUAUGAAAAUGGAUGAAGUGUUGUACAGCAUCGCCGAAAAGGUGAAGAAUUUUGCAGUCAUUUAUCUUGUGGAUAUCACAGAAGUGCCAGAUUUCAACAAGAUGUAUGAGUUGUAUGAUCCUUGCACAGUCAUGUUCUUUUUCAGGAGUAAGCAUAUCAUGAUUGAUCUUGGCACUGGUAACAACAACAAGAUAAACUGGACCAUGGAAGACAAGCAAGAGAUGAUCGACAUUGUUGAGACCGUCUACAGGGGGGCGAGAAAAGGCCGAGGUCUCGUAGUGUCCCCUAAAGAUUACUCAACCAAAUACAGAUACUGAUCUCUGUGCGCUUAUUUAGUCUUUGCCAUUUUUUUUUUUCUUUUCUUCAGCAUUGGAUAAGAUCUGAGCAGUCAGCGGUAUGGUCAUUUGGACUAUUUAAUAGCCUUGUUUUGGAUUUGUAACUUUAUAUUUAAAUGUUAUACUGUUGCAGACGGAUAUGGUCAUCAGUCUUUUAUAACGUCUGUCUGAAAAUGCUACUGUAUAUUAAAUGAAUUAAUAA